UGUCCCCGGAACUCCAAGCCUCAGAUCCAACCCAAACCCCAAACCCCACCUCCCACCAAGGCCCAACCAAAAGCUCAACUGGGAGACAGAGAUCAGAAUCCUGGUCAAACCCAGCCAGAUCUGGUCCUAGCUCAAGAGCAAUCCCCAGCCAAAGUUCCUAUUAAACCCCCAUCGCCAGCUAAACCUCAGCUCCAGCCUAAACCGGUGCUCAGAGAGCAAGUCAAACCUGAAGCCCAAGAUCAGACUACUGCUCCAUCUGAGGCACUCUCAGCCCCUGUUAGAGCAACUCCUUCCCCUGCUCCCACCCCGGCCCUGGCCCAACCUACCCCAGUGAAACCCACCAAUUCUCAGCCUCCUGUGGAGGAUCAGCCUGCACCCCAGCAGAAGUCAACUCAUCCUCUGUUGAACAAAUCCCAGUCCUUGACCAACGCCUUCAACGCCUUUGGCGAGACCUUCCGCUCCAGCAACGAGGAUGAAGCUAAGGCGGAGACCAUUCGAAACUUGCGAAAGUCUUUUGCAAGCCUGUUCUCAGACUAAUGACAAACUCCCGCAGCCCAAAAGGUGGCCAGGGACUUGACAGAUAUGCAUCCUGGUCUGAGGUUAAUUCCAUGUAGCUGUGUACAUUUAACCCCUCCUCCCAACUCUGCUGUAAUUAUCCGAGUGUUAAUUAAGAAGGUUAGAGUGAUGUACAGUGAUUGUUCUCGCAAGAUGUUGGUGUUUACAUUUUUUUGAGUCGCUCUGCCCCGAAACACUGGGAUUUAUAUGAGGAGGGGAUGGCUCUUAAGCUAUCAGUUACAGGAGGCUGGAGUAUGCAGAAGUCGUCUAUAACCCCUCGAUGUUGUAGCUGUAUCGUGGUAGUGUGUUUUCUUUACCCAGAGACAAAUAUUUGUGACUAGUUUCCCCUGUAGUGUGUGUGCGUGUAACUAGUUGGUGUUUUGUAAGCAUUAGCCAGUAAGACAUUAGUUCAACAAUUCCUCGGGAUCUUUAUAAAAGCACUUUCCUAUUCAAGUUUCCUACAGUAAUCAAUGCUUGGACUGGUCGGUUUCAGUGCAGUGGUGGGAUUUCAGUGGAAUGCCUGGUGUUUUAGCGACAUAGCUUGCAUCCAGCACUUAUCAACCUGUCAAGAUAUUCAUGAGUGCCAUGUUUAUAGUAUCUCUGCAUAUUGUAUUGUACUGUAUGUUUAACAUCUCAGGAGUUUAGUUUGAAUAUAUGUUUAUUCUGGCGUCACACUGUUCGUGUUGUGUUUUCUUUGUGCGCAAUGAUAUUGCUUUGCAUGACCCGGUGAUAAUUGUUUUCUCUGUACAAGUGUCAAUAAACAUGUGGCACAUCAUUCCACUGACAUAC